AUGGAUGUUCGUUUCCCUCCGUAUUUCUUCUCAAUGCCACAUUUAAUUUAUAACUCGUGGUUGAGUCUGAAUACACUUCACAAUGCUCCGAAACUCGCUCAGCUUCAACUUCAGUCGAUAAAACCGGCUGAAAGCUCGAAGACUUCGAAAAAAGAAACAACAAAAGAAGAAGUCAAAAUAGCCACUGAAACUGUUCCAAAAGUUGAUGAAGAUUCAAAGAAUCGAGAUGAAAAAUCUGAUGAAAUUCUAGAAGAAUCUGAAAAUAAAGUGGAUAAGCAAUCAGAAGACAAUGAUUCGACGGCACUUCUCAAACUCAAACGUCGAGUUGCUUGUGACAUCUGCUCGAAAUCAUUUUGUGACAAGGGAGCUCUGAAAAUUCAUACUUCAGCUGUGCAUCUUCGUGAAAUGCACACGUGUACAGUAACUGGUUGUGGAAAACAAUUCAGUAGUCGUCGGAGUCGAAAUCGUCACAGUUCGAACAAUAAUCCGAAAUUGCACAUGCCGGAAUCACUGUCGUUGAGCGGAGGUGGACUAUCUGCAAAGCCUAAUUUGGAUGCAUUUUGGCCUUCUCGAUUUCUUCUCACGAAAGAACAUCCAUUAGAUUUAUCUUUGAAUGUUCUCUGA